UCUUUCGCGGAGCAGCAGGAUCGAGGAGGGAUGAAGAUGUCAGGAACCGUUUCCCGCCGGGCCGUUAACAUCGUAACACCACCGGUAGUGGAGAAGUCGCGGGACUAAAUGAGUUCUGCAGGUUUGAGUGAGCUGUUAGCUAGUGUACAAAAUUAAAAAAUAUAUAGUAGCACGGAGCUACUAUGGUUUUUUAUUUCAUAGCUGCAAAGUAAGUCGUUUUGAGUUGCAGAGGAAUAAACCGGCGAUCAGAAUGAAUCUCGAGAGGCUGCGGAAACGUGUGCGACAUUACAUCGAUCAGCAACAGUACCAGAGUGCCCUGUUUUGGGCAGAUAAAAUUGCCUCCUUGUCACAUGAAGAUCCCCAGGACGUGUACUGGCUGGCACAGUGCCUUUACCUUACAAACCAGUAUCACAGGGCCUCGCAUGCACUCCGCUCAAGGAAACUUGACAAGUUGUAUGGAGCAUGCCAGUAUCUGGCUGCAAGAUGCCAUUAUGCUGCUAAAGAAUACCAGCAAGCGCUGGACAUUCUGGACAUGGAGGAACCUGCCAGCAGGAAGUUGCUUGACAAGAGUAUUAAGGAGGAUAAUGGGAUUGGUGAGGGAGCCAAGGACUGGGGAAUGUCUAGUGCUUCAAUCAACAGCUCCAUCUGCCUAUUGCGGGGGAAAAUCUAUGAUGCUAUGGACAAUCGACCCCUGGCCACAGCAAGUUAUAAAGAGGCCUUGAAGCUUGACGUCUACUGCUUUGAAGCUUUUGAUCUCCUAACCUCCUAUCAUAUGUUGACAGCCCAAGAAGAGAUUGACUUCCUGGAUUCCCUUCCUCUGAGCCAACAGUGUACAGAUGAAGAAAAGGAACUUCUCCAUUUCCUGUUUGAGAACAAACUGAAAAAGUAUAACAAACCUAGUGAGGUUGUCGUCCCGGAUACAGUGAAUGGUCUCCAAGACAACUUGGAUGUAGUAGUCUCUCUAGCAGAGAGGCAUUAUUACAACUGUGAUUUUAAAACAUGCUAUCAGUUGACAUCAAUGGUGAUGGUAAAAGAUCCAUUUCAUGCCAACUGUCUUCCAGUACAUAUAGGAACAUUAGUGGAGCUCAGUAAGGCAAAUGAACUGUUUUACCUCUCUCACAAAUUGGUGGAUUUGUACCCAAACAGCCCUGUCUCCUGGUUUGCUGUUGGAUGUUAUUACCUAAUGGUUGGUCACAAAAAUGAACAUGCCCGAAGGUACCUUAGCAAAGCCACCACCCUGGAGAGGAAAUAUGGACCAGCCUGGAUUGCGUACGGUCAUUCGUUUGCAGUGGAGAGUGAACAUGACCAAGCCAUGGCUGCCUAUUUUACGGCAGCACAGCUCAUGAAAGGGUGCCACUUGCCCAUGCUGUACAUCGGCCUGGAGUACGGGCUGACCAACAAUUCUAAACUGGCAGAGCGCUUCUUCAGUCAGGCGCUCAGCAUUGCACCCGAGGACCCCUUUGUCAUGCACGAGGUGGGCGUGGUGGCGUUCCAGAAUGGAGACUUUAAAGCAGCGGAGAAGCUAUUUUUGGAUGCCUUGGAAAAAAUUAAGGCUAUUGGAAAUGAGGUUACUGUGGAUAAGUGGGAGCCGUUGUUGAAUAACUUGGGCCAUGUUUGUCGGAAACUGAAAAAGUAUGAUCAAGCUCUGGAAUACCACCGACAGGCUCUCGUGCUCAUUCCCCAGAAUGCUUCAACCUAUUCUGCCAUUGGAUACGUGCAUAGCCUCAUGGGCGAUUUUGAGAGUGCCAUUGACUACUUUCACACAGCACUUGGUCUUAAGAGAGAUGACACAUUUUCUGUGACAAUGUUGGGACACUGCAUCGAAAUGUACAUUGGUGACACAGAAGCCUACAUAGGGACAGACAUCAAGGACAAGUUGAGGAGCACCCUGAGCACUCCAGCACUGAUGAAGCUACUUAACACGUCAGGGGACACCAGUGAGCAUCGAGCACAGCCCCUGGAAGAAAGCGGCAUCAUGGCACUAGAGACCUCCUCGCCCAAUUUGGACAAGCCUGCAGAGGCCUCCCUUCGCCGCUCCACACCUCUGGAGUUUGACAUGUAUGAGAGUGACAUGAUGCUUGAGACCUCCAUGUCUGACACCAGCACGUGAUGGCUGUGGGCCAAGAUCUGGGCAAACCCAGAAUCUGGCCCCUGGGUCAGUGGACUAACUUUAACCGAAUUAAGAGGAGUGUAGGAAGACCAACUUGAAUCCUGCCUUCAUCUAAGUACACAUCUGUAUUAAUAACCUGUGGAUUUUUACCUUGAAAAAAUAAAGUGAGAUGAAAUCGAGAAGCACUUUGUAGUUAUCCUGAUCCCUUCAUUAAACAGUA